UCGAAGUCAAAGGCCGCCUGGAGCCUGAGCAAGGAGUCGAUAGAGAGGAUUAAGGAAACUGCGAAAUUACAUAACGAUAUUGCAAACAAGGCUUCUUUUUUCCCCAGAACCUUCAAAAAUUAUGAUUCGUGGCUCGUAAAAAUCGGAGGGAAUAAUAAUUUUGGAAACGUGACCAACUACGGGAAUCUAGAAAGAUUUUUCUUUCGAUCUGAGGUUGCCUGCGUUAUUGGCUGUUGGGGUUAGCAACGAUAUUAUAUUGGUGUAUAUGCGAUGUGGGCUGCUUUUGUCGGAUGUUUCCGGACGGCAGUCUGUUGAGAAGCAAGGCCUCAAAUGGGAGAACCAUCUCUUGGACGGGAGUACCCAGAAUAAACAAGUGGACGCCGUUCAGAUUUCGUUGAAGGACCGCUGGGAAUUUUCCACUGCGUUCUGACGGAUUUACAGCUCACCCUACUGAAGACAACCAUGGAAUCGACGGUCGAUGACGAUGGGUUGGAAGCGUGAAUGAAGCGUGUGGUGGAGUGCUGAAUGAUGCCCAAGGGCGGGGGUUCUAAAACAGCCCAGCUGGAGGACUUCCCGCUCAACACCGACAUGGUGGAGAAGCAGCCGGGGAAGAAGGAUAAAGACAAAAUCUCCUCGAACAAGACUCCCAAGCUGGACCGGAGCGAUGGAGUCAAAGAGAUGAAAGAGAAGGCUUCGAAGAGGAAGCUACCCUUUACUGUCGGAGCCAAUGGAGACCAGAAAGACUCAGACUCAGAGAAGCAAGGUCCGGAGCGGAAGCGCAUCAAGAAGGAGCCCACCAACACCCGGAAGUCCGGCCUGCCGUUCGGGAUGGGAAUGCCGGGGAUCCGGGCCGGGUACCCCCUCUCGGAGCGGCAGCAGGUGGCCCUCCUCAUGCAGAUGACGGCCGAGGAGUCGGUCCACAGUCCCGACACAACACCAAAGCACCAGUCGCAGUCGAGUCUGGGUCAGAAGGGAACGCCAAACUCCGCCUCAAAAACCAAAGACAAAGUGAACAAGCGCAACGAGCGGGGGGAGACGCGGCUGCACCGGGCCGCCAUCCGCGGCGAGGCGCGGCGCGUGAAGGAGCUCAUCGUCGAGGGCGCCGACGUGAAUGUAAAAGACUUUGCGGGCUGGACUGCUCUGCACGAGGCCUGCAACAGAGGCUACUACGAUGUGGCCAAGCAGCUGCUGGCCGCCGGGGCGGAGGUCAACACGAAGGGUCUGGAUGAUGACACCCCUCUCCACGACGCCUCCAAUAACGGCCACUUCAAGGUUGUAAAGUUGCUGUUGCGGUAUGGAGGGGAUCCUCGGCAAAGUAACAGAAGGGGUGAAACUGCAUUGAAAGUAGCAAACUCCCCCACCAUGUUGAAUCUGUUGCUCGGAAAAGGCACUUACACCUCUAGUGAGGAAAGCUCUUCAGAAUCUUCAGAGGAGGAGGACGCACCUUCGUUUGCCCCAUCCAGCUCAGUCGAUGGCAAUAACACCGAUUCCGAGUUCGAGAAGGGUCUGAAGCUGAAGGGAAAAUCCCUCGACACACCUAAAUGCAUGACCACGCCCGUGAAAGACGAGUAUGAGUUUGACGAGGACGACGAAGAGGAGAGAGUCCCACCGGUGGACGAUAAGCACCUGCUCAAGAAGGACUUCCGCAAGGAAUCCGCAAGCAAAGCCAACAGCUUAAUUUCCAUCCCCAAAAUGGAUGUCAAAACCUAUUCCAAAAGUAACUCGCUGACACCAAAGAAGACCGCUCGGCGAAUCCUCUCCGACACCAACAGCUCGGAUGAGGACGACCGGACCUUGUGCUUCACCCCGACGCCGACGACGCGACAACUAGCACCAGCAAGCAACAACAAGAGCCGGGAGUCGGCCGUCGCGACCUCCAAGUCGCAGAAAGAGAAGAGCAAAGUCAAAAAGAAGAGGAAGAAGGAGACGAAGAACAGCGCCAACAAGGAGGUGCGGUUCGGCAAGCUCGGCGACAAGUUCUGCACCUCCGAGUCCGAGAGCGAGGACAUGGACAGCGAGGACGACAAGGGCUCCGUGCAGAGCUCGAACUGCCUCAAGGACUCGUCCGCUUUGAGCCUGAAAGAGUCGUCCGUGUUCAGUUCGCUCUCUUCGUCCUCCUCCCACGGGAGCCUGGGCUCCCAGAAGCUCACGCAGUCGCUGGCCGAGCAGCACCCGAAGCAGUGGAGGACGGACGGCUGGAAGACCGUCUCUUCCCCGGCGUGGUCCGACGUCAGCUCCCUCUCGGACUCGGUCAGAACCCGGCUCUCGAGCGAGUCGGACUACUCCUCGGGCAACUCGAGCAUCGAGUCUGUGAAGCAGGUGAAAAAGAAGACGCAGGUAAACAGGAAGAAAAACAACGUGCACGCAGCCGAGAAAAGGACAACCUCUGACUUUUAUAAGAACUCCAACACGGAAGGGGCCGUCUCCAAGAUGGAUAAAGACGGUAAAGUGUUGAAAAAGCAUAAAGUAAAACACAAACACAAAAAUAAAGAGAAAGACAAGGCCCCGAGCCUGGUGCUUAACCAGGACAUGAAUGAAAAAUUUGUCAAGAGCUUUUCCUUUGAUUUUGAUGAUACGCGACAAAAGUCGCUUAUUGUUGAGACUGAGUGUCCUACUGAAAACAAAGUAAAGGCCUCCAAACAUGAAAAAGACCGGCUGUCCAAGGUCAAGUCAGAAGACAAGGAUUGGACCUCUGUAAAAGAAACGGUCAGAGUUGCGAAAGAAGAGAAAUCCAAGAAAACAAAGGAUUCAACCAAGGACAAGGCAAGCAAAGAUGAGAAGGAUAAAACCUUCAAAUCAGAAAAAGCAAGAAAUCUCAAGGAGAAGGAUAAGCUGAAGGAGGAGAAGCAGAAAACACACAAGGACGAGAAAAAGAAAAAGUCCAAGGACAAGUCCUCUAAGGCUGACCGAAAGAAUGACCAAAAGGAAGAUAAGCAUCCCAAAUCUGAGAAAGAAAAGAACAAGGAGGAAAAGUCCAAAAAGGAAAAGGCACCCAAGGAGGAGCCUGAAUAUGAUGGCUAUGAUAUCAAGAGCCGUUUUUUAGACCUAGAAGACAGCAAGCUUAGUGCCUCGGAUGACCCCCAUGACCGAUGGGCAUCGGAUCUCUCUUCUGACUCCUCUCUCUAUGGCGAUGAUAGCUGGGAUGCUCCGGUGAAGGAGUACAAGGAAUACAAAGCAAACAACACCGUAAAACUAAUUGUCGAGACCGUAAAGGAGGAGAGCCGAGAUCGAAAGAAGGACAACAAAGUCAAAGACAAGAAAUUGGAGCACCUCGAAAAACGGAACGAGAAAGAGACCACGUCCAAAAAGAAGGAAAAGGACUUUUCAGAUAAAGUCAGCGACAAGAAAAAAGACUUGUCCGAUAAACAGAAGUUGAAUUCCAGCUACCAGUCGGAAAAGGAGAAGAAGAGGAAGGAUCUUGCAGAUGGCAUCAAAGACAAAAAGGAGAAGGAUUCUCUGGACAGCAGCAGAGAAAGAAAAGAUUCUUACGAAUUCACAAAAGAGAGGAGGGACUCCAAAAAUAAGCAAGACGAUGCUUUAAGAGAUGAGUACGUUUGUGAAGGCUUCUUCAGAGACAAAUCUGAGAAUGACCUCGUCAAAUCAUCGGAGACCAGAGAAAGAAAUCAUUCUGGAAAGGAGAAGGAGAAGAAGGGGGAAAGUGUGGAAAAGGAGAAAAAAGAAAAAUGCAAAGGCGACAAACAUAAAGAGAAGUCCGAGAAGGACAAAGCUGAGAAAAGUUCCACUGAGAAGGCUCCCAAGGAGAAAGACACCGACAGAGGCUCCAAAGACAGGAAGGAUGUCGUUAAAGAUAAACACAAAGACUUCCAUGGUAAAGAAAAGGAAAGAAAAAUGUCCUUAGAACAAGGGAAGGAAAAGAAAGAGAAGCCCUCUCUGGAAAAGCAUGCUGACCGGGAGAAGGAUUUCCUUGAAGCAAAGAAAGACGAACGAAAAGCGGAAAAGAUGAGGGAAAAGACCUGGUAUAAAAUUCCCGACAUUUUCACAGAUGAGAGUGAGGACGAAGAGCCUGAUUACAGCAGAGGGGCUGUUAAGUUCAGUGAUUCUCUUAGUUUUUCAGAGUCACACCGGAAGGACUCCACACCGGACAGGGAUGAGCCGGAUUUCUUACAAAGUGAAAAACACAGAAAAUACUCGGCCGAGGGGAAGCAGCACUCCACCGAAAAGCUCAAGGAAAAAGACUAUAAAGAAAAGAAAAAAGAAAAAAAUAUUUUUGACAGUGGGAGAGAGAGAAAGGGCUCAUUGGAAAAAAAUAAGGACAAAAAGGAGAAAGACUCUGGAGAUGGGAAACACAAGGAACGUAAAGAUCGGACCUCUGUUGACUCAAACCUGGAGAAGAAAAACAAGCAAAAGUUGCUUGACAAGAGGCACCCCAGUGAGGAGAAGCCAAAGGGCAAGUACAAGGAAAAGCCUGACAAAGACCACCCAAAGGACAGGAAGUCCAUGAAAGGAAGCGGUGAAAAUGAGAAAUCCCUCCUGGAGAAGUUGGAAGAGGAGGCCCUAAAUGACUACAAGGAUGACUCAAAUGACAAGAUCAGUGAGAUCUCAUCAGAUAGCUUCACCGACCGGGGUCACGAACCAAUUCUCAGCAGCUUCUACGAUUCCUCAAACAUCAGCCUGCCGGACAUCUCAGAGGACCGGAGAGACUCGCUUUCUAUUUCCUACCCUCAGGACAAGUUCAGAGAGAAAGAGAGACAAAGGCAUUCAUCUUCAUCCUCAUCCAAAAAAAGUCACGAGAAAGACAAAGUGAAGAAGGAGAAAUCAGACAAGCGUGACAAACCUGAAGAGAUCAAGGAGACAUAUGGGCGCAGAGAAAGCCUGCCCUUUGAAAAGGAACCCAUGCCUUUGGAGGCUGACCUUUAUACUUUCCCCUAUGGUGCUAAGCCUGAUGGAGAGGACGAUUUGGAUAAGGCCUUGGAGUUUGAAAGGGAGAUGUCGAAAAAAUCUGACAAGGGCAGCAGUGUCAUUCCCAGUGAGAAGGUGAAAGACAAAAAGAAAAAAGAGAAACAUAAGGAGAAAGUUAAAGAAGACAAACACAAAUACACAGAUGGGUUUGGCUCUUUUAAAAAUCUAAAGGAAGAUCAGAAAUCUGGAUUAAAGGAGAACCCGCAUGUCAUCAGUUUAAAGGAGAAGUCAAAGGAGGAUAGUCCAAAAUGUGAGGCCAAAAAGAAAGAGGCAUUGGACAAGGACAGUCGAACUGAUUACAUAAAGUCAAAGGCAAAAGAAGAGAAUGACAGGGUCAGUCAGUCCAGGGACUCGACACGUAAAGACUGCCGUCCACGUGAAAAGCUGCUAGUUGACGGUGAUCUCAGGAUGACGAGCUUUGGUAAAAUGCUCAGUCAAAAGGACCAGGAAAUUGAAGAGCGCCAUAAAAAGCACAAGGAAAGAAUGAAACAGAUUGAGAAACUGAGACACAGGUCAGGAGAUCCUAAAUUGAAGGAUAAAACAAAGUCCAGUGAGGAUCUCCGGAAGAGCCGCCCGGACCUUGCCUCGAAAAAAUCAAGUUCUGUAGAAACCGCAAUAAAAGAAAAGAAACCUAAGGAUGUCGGCAUCCCUGCUCAAUUGUUGUCUCCUGACAGAAAGUCACAGCCUCUGGACAGUCAGAAUUCAAAAGACUGGCUGCCAGGCCACCAAAUGAAGGAGAGCCUUCCAGCGUCUCCCAGGCCGGAUCAGAACAGGCCUACCGGUGUGCCCACGCCGACAUCUGUGAUUUCAUGUCCAAGUUACGAAGAGGUGAUGCAGACUCCGCGCACUCCGUCUUGUAGUGCCGAGGACUAUCCCGAUCUCAUGUUCGACAACAUCGACUGCCAGAACUCAUCCGCCAUGACCAUGUCCAUGAACGCGUGCUCUCCGUCCUUCUUCGACAGGUAUUCUAAUGCGCCUCACAGCUUCCCGGAAAGCACUUGUCUUACUCCGGCGAAGAACCUCCAGAUGCCCGUCCUUAGCCGUUCGGCCUCAGUGGAUGUUAGGCCUCUGGAUGAGGAAUUCAAGAUCGACGCCGACAAGUUUCUCAGACAGCAGAGUAUGCCUGCGGCCUCUGAGUUGGAGUCGUCGGUCCCGCACCUAACCGAGGAAAAGCAGGCUUCAGUGGACCAGCUUGACCACUUGACUCCGGCCUUUUCUCCUCCCAUUGGAGUGCCCUCUCCAAGGCUCGAGCCAGCUCAGCCCACAUCGGAUGAGGCCUCCGCCACCGUCUCCACUCGAGAUGGAGAACCGCUUCCUCAAGAGGUCUACUGCAACUUGCUGUUAAAGCCUUCAUCUCCAGUGCACAGGCUGGACCCCGAGGAGUCCUGUUUGGACAUUGUCGCCCCACUCACUCCUGCCCCGGCAGCUCUCCCACCUCUGGAUAUCGACGAGCUCUCAGAACCACCUCAACCGUUACCCCUGUCUCCACAUGCUGAGCCUCCUCUCAUUCCCUCUGAUCCUGCGACUGACUUCCUGCCGUUGGCUGAGAGGGAACAAGAGGAGGAAGAUGAGGAUGAGGUUGGAGAUGAGGAGGAGGAGGAAGAGGAGGAGGAGGGUGAGGUGGAUGAUGAUGAGGAGGAGGAAAAUGACCCAGGGGAGGAUGAAGGUGAGGAUUUUGUUGAGAAUGCUGAUGACUCCAGGGAUGACAUUUCCUUGACACAGUGUGCGGUAGAGGCGAUGAAGAAGGACUGGGGUGAAUCUCCAGACAGAACAGGUUCGGAUGAUGCGCUUCAUCUUACGCCCAGCCGCCCUGCUGUGAGCCUCGUGGAAAACUCCUGCGAUCACUCAGUCAGUUGGCCCACAAGCUCUGAGAUGCUCCUGAAAUCUCCUCACAGGCCUUUUGUGGACUUGACAACAACCUCCAAGAUUUUCCCUCUCCCACACCCGGAGGACGACUUGCAACAUCCACUCCCAACAACACUACCCUGUCCCCCAUCAGCAGCUUCACCCUACUCUGUCUUCCCCAGGCCUUACUGUCAUACGCAAGUUCACGUUGCUCAGUCUGAUUUCGAGGAACAUAAAGGCAAUGUUGAUGACAUCACCACAUCGGUAAAACCUAUUAUAGCACCUGUGGAGCCUGAAUCUGUGUUGUCCUCGGCUACCAGGCUAGAAUCUUUUUUCACGGACUGUAAGUCCCUCCCUGAGGACAACCAGGUGGUGUCGGAGCCUUCGUGCUUGACCAUAGACAAGCAGCCAGAUUCCCUCAGCUAUAUCCCUGAGAACAGCAUUGCCCGCCCUGUGAGUCACGACCCAGUGGUUCCCUGGGCGGACCCUUUUGCUGCUGCAGGUGAGGACCUGGAUGAUCUGGGGCCCUUCUCUUUGCCCGAUUUACCUUUGCAAGACAAGGAAAUCCAGGAGCCUGAUAUUCCAGAACCAGGGCUGCAAGACUUUAAACAUCCUCCGAAUUACAUUACAUCACCAGCUAAUGAAAUGAGAGAGGAACCUGACUUGAUGGAGCUGGACUUGCCUAGCAUGGAGAAAACACCGUGCUCUCCCUCUGUCCCACCGACCGAGCCCGCUCGCGAUUUAUUUGACGCUUCCGAAGAUGACUGCAGGUCAGAUCACGAGCUGGAGUCAGAGCCCCAGAAGGUUCCAGAGAACAACGGCGCCGCCUUCACAGCUGCGCCAGAGGACAAGGCGUUGUUUAUUGAGCCGGCUGAAAAUGAUGGAAACACUUUGUCGCCCACCGCUGAUGCCGACAAACUUCAGGACGCAGGACACGAAAGCCAGGACACGGACGCUUCAGUGGGGCAGUCCACGUUGGCAGUUGUGACUGCAUGCCCCGAUCCCGUUUCCAGUAUUGAACCAGCCGGCGGCGAACAGCCGGACUCGGCCGCUGCAGCUGCACCUGCACCUGAGAGUAGUCCAAUUCACACCAGUCCGGUGUCAGCAGACACGCAUCCCGCCGCAGUCCAAGUGUGUGAGCCUCUCGAGACAGUACCUAAGGCGGCGGUUACUGCCACUGCUGAAAUUCCUAAGAAGGUGGAGGAGAUUCCGCAGAGGAUGACCAGGAAUCGGGCUCAGAUGUUGGCCAACCAGAGCAAGCAGAAUAAUUCUUCACUUGCGGGCAACUUGACAUCAUCUACCACAUCUCACGGCACCACCAGUGCUGCCACCAUCGUCACCACCUCCUGCUCCGUCAUACUGGAGAAAGAGAAGGAGCCCAUCACCGUGACUCCCGGCUCCACCCCCGCUGUUGUCAGCAAGAGCAAAGCUCGGCUCUCCGAGGAGGAUGACGCCCAGGCACAACAUCCGCGGAAAAGGAAGUUCCCCCGGUCAAGCCAGCAGCAGGUGCAGGUCCAGCUGGUCAACACCGCUAUGCAGCAGACGCGGGAGAUGAUCCAGCAGACGCUCGCCGUCAUCGUCAACGCCAUCAAGCUGGACGACAUUGAGCCCUACCACAGCGACCGCUCCAACCCCUACUUCGAGUACCUGCAGAUCCGCAAGAAGAUCGAGGAGAAGCGGAAGAUCCUUUGCUACAUCACGCCCCAGGCUCCGCAGUGCUAUGCCGAAUAUGUGACCUACACCGGCUCCUACCUCCUGGAUGGCAAGCCCCUCAGCAAGCUGCACAUACCAGUGAUCGCCCCGCCGCCGUCCCUGUCCGAGCCGCUGAAGGAGCUGUUCAGGCAGCAGGAGGCAGUGAGGGGGAAACUGCGGCUGCAGCACAGCAUCGAGCGGGAGAAGUUGAUCGUGUCCUGUGAACAGGAGGUGCUGCGGGUCCACUGUCGAGCGGCCAGGACGAUAGCGAACCAGGCUUUCCCCUUCAGUGCCUGCACCAUGCUGUUGGACUCUGAAGUCUACAACAUGCCUUCUGAGAGUCAGGGUGAUGAGAACAAGUCGGUGAGAGAUCGCUUCAACGCCCGCCAGUUCAUUUCCUGGAUCCAAGAUGUCGACGACAAAUAUGACCGCAUGAAGACGUGUUUGCUGAUGCGGCAGCAGCACGAGGCAGCCGCGCUGAACGCCGUGCAGAGGAUGGAGUGGCAGCUGAAGGUGCAGGAGCUGGACCCCGCCGGACACAAGUCCCUCUGCGUCAACGAGGUGCCCUCCUUCUACGUGCCCAUGGUCGACGUCAACGACGACUUCGUGCUAUUACCCGCGUGACAGGAACACUUGCAGCCGUCUGAUAUCGCCGUUAAAAAAAAAACAUCGAAUAGAAGGUAUGGUAAGGGCUAGCCGGUUUGAAAGAGGAACAUACUUUCUUGAGUAAAAAAAAAAAAAAUCUAUAUUAUAUAUUUAAAAAAUGUGCUUAUGAUUCCCUUCUUCGAGAGGAGGAAGCAUCUUUUUACCGGGAAAAACACAACUUGCACUUUGAUCCUACGCGGUUUUAUGCUUUCAGAAAAAGCAAGAACGGCUUUGCUUUCAGGCUUACUCCCCUGCUUGAUUUUUAGAAAGGGGGGAGCGGGGGCUAAGUUGUAUUUCCUACCUUUUUUUUUUUUUGUUGUUUUUUUUUUUUUGGGUUCCCUUACGUAAAAACCGGAAAAAAAAAAAGAAACGGACAAAACCCUCCUAUCGGCGUGGAUCGGAAACCAGCGACAGGAGGACGACGCGGCGACCGCGACUUGGGAGAAGCGGCGAUACGUCGAGGGCGAGGAGAAGGGGUCCCCCGAAGGAACCUUCGAUUUGGCCCCUGGAGGGCGGGGCCUGUGGAUACUGUUGCUGGAAGAGUCGCCGUAGAGGCGCGCACGGCACGUCCACACCGCCCUCCGGCACCGAGAAUCCGGCAGCGGUACCGCCCGGCAGGAAUCCGCAGCCCAGAGCCCCAGGGGCCCCCCCGGUAGCGUGGCCCCGCUGAAAUCGGUGCUCCGAGGGUGGGGCAGGAGCAGAGGGAGAGGAGUUUCAGCCUUUUUUUUUUUUCUUUUUUUUUUUUCUUUGUUUUUUUUUUUUUCUUUUUUAAAGAUCCGUGUCUGGCUGGAAGAGACUCGGAGAUGGGGGAAGAGGAGUCUGGGAAAACGGGAGACUCCCAGCUGGAGUCUCGAGACCGGUUUGCAUGCGCUGUGCAUCGACCGUACACGGCUCGGUGUCACGCAACCGUUUACUGCAAACUGAACGAGGCAAAGAAUGUUUCGGUUCGAGAGGCAAUGACUUUCAGAGGUGGUUUUAGCAGACUAUUCUGUUGUUUUUUUUGUUUUGUUUUUUGUUUUUUGUCUUUACUUGGGCAUUUCAUCAUUUCUCUUUCUGAGAAAGUGACUUGAAACACUACGGAGCCAAUAUUAGUUUAAUGGAAAAUUUAAAUUGAAAAAAAAUGUAUCCCGUAAAUUCUGUACAGUUUUAUAUUCGUUAACCAAUGUAUUCUCGCUGCCUUCUAGAUAAUUUAUUUUGCCACAUUACUGCACAGUUGUAAAUAACGUACGUACUGUAACCUCACUCUCAGUUAAGUGUAAAAAAAUGAAUAAAAUUAUCUUUGUAUGUACAGUUCACCUUGGGCAGCACUUUUCCCUUAUAACAAUGGGCCAAAAUGUGUACACAGUAUUUUCAGUAUUUCAGAGGCAGUCUCCAGUGCAUGGUCCGCAAGGCCCUACACUGUUCUGUCCAGAGCCGGUCAGAACCAGUCAGAACCAGUCAGCUGGGUCUUCACAACCACAACUCACCUUGUUAGAGAAGCCCCCUCCUUUUCAGUCUGUGACUACCACAAUCUUAAUCCUCAGAUGUAGCAGAAUGGUUAAUAAAUUAUUUAAAGAAAGGGUAUAUUAUGCUUUGCUUUAUAACAGAACUAUUUAAGUAUAAGAAUCAAAACCAAGAAAAUGCCUUUUUACAGUCAGCAUUUAAUUUUUCUCAAAUAUUGCGCAAGUAAAUUUUAAGGUACACCAGAAAACGAAUAGCAUAAGAUGGCUUUGAAAGCAGUUCUCUUGCCGUUUCUGUCCUAUGAUAGAAAUGUUUUAAUUUUACAAAUCAAAUGCACCAUAAACUAUCACUCAUGUAUAACAGUGGCAUUGUAAUUAUUUCAGAGUUGAGCUAAUGCGUUAAUCAGUGGGUCUGUAGAGAAUUUAUAUUGUGCUAUGGGCAGUAAUUCCCAAGAUUGCUGAGGUAAUAACCAAUAUUUUUGGUCACUUGUUGUGUUUUUUUUUUUUGUGUUUUUUUUUUUAUUGUCUCUCUUUCUCUGAGCAGUACCAUAACCAUCUUUAUGGCCAUUUUAAUUUAAUAUGCUUUCAUACAUUAUUCAAUAUGGUGGCAUAAGGCUUAAUUUGACCUUGAAGACAUGUCAUUGUUUAUUUCGGCUUGGAUUUGAAAUUGAGGGUAGUUUUAAAUGACAAAUAGUGCACACCACACCUUGAGGAUUGUAAAAUGGCUGUCAGUUCUCCAUUUAGCCACGUAGGGGGCGCUAAAGUGAAGGAUUAUAAUUUUUUAACUAAAGAAAGCGCUUUGAAUUGUGAAUUUUACAAAACCGCAAUCACAAGAUUAAUUACAUUCACAUUAUAACUGAUAGGCUGUAUGCUCAUGAAACCGAUUGGUUUGUAAGAAUAGUUGAAAAUGUGGUGCUUUUUAAUGACAUAAUAGUGUUUUUAGCUUGUCUUUUAUCAGUGCUCAGUGAAAGACCAGACAGGUUCAGCUUUACACUAUCUGUCCUUCAUUUUAAUUUCCACAAUUGUUUUUUUUCUUUUUUUUUAAAUUGUUUUUUAAAAAUAA